AUGAGUGAAGCAGCACAUGUUCUUAUCACUGGUGCAGCAGGUCAAAUCGGCUAUAUCCUCUCCCACUGGAUCGCCAGCGGUGAACUCUAUGGUGAACGCAAAGUUUACUUGCAUCUCUUCGAUAUUCCACCAGCCAUCAACAGAUUGACAGCCCUCACAAUGGAGCUCGAGGACUGUGCAUUUCCACGCCUCGCAGGCUUCGUUGCUACAACAGAACCAGAACAAGCAUUCAAAGACAUCGACUGCGCAUUCCUCGUCGCAUCAAUGCCUCUCAAACCAGGUCAAGUUCGUGCAGACCUCAUCAGCAGCAACAGUGUCAUCUUCAAGAACACAGGCGAGUACCUCUCCAAGUGGGCUAAGCCAACAGUCAAAGUUCUCGUCAUCGGAAACCCAGACAAUACAAACUGCGAGAUUGCAAUGCUCCAUGCAAAGAACUUGAAGCCAGAAAACUUCUCUAGCCUCUCACUCCUCGAUCACAACAGAGCAUACUAUGAGAUCGCAUCAAAGCUCGGUGUCAGCAUCAACGACAUCCACGACAUCAUUGUCUGGGGCAAUCACGGUGAGUCAAUGGUCUCCGAUCUCACACAGGCAACAUUCACAAAGGACGGCAAGACACAGAAAGUUGUCGAUGUUCUCGACAAGGAGUACGUCUUCGAUGCAUUCUUCAAGAAGAUCGGUCAUCGUGUUUGGGACAUCCUCGAACACCGUGGCUUCACAAGUGCAGCGUCACCAACUAAGGCAGCAAUCCAGCACAUGAAGGCAUGGCUCUUCGGAACAGCACCAGGAGAAGUUCUCUCUAUGGGUAUCCCAGUUCCAGAAGGAAACCCAUACGGAAUCAAGCCAGGUGUUGUCUUCUCAUUCCCAUGCAGUGUUGACAAAGAAGGACACGUUCAUGUUGUCGACGGCUUCAAGAUCAACGACUGGCUCAAGGAGAAGCUCGAGUUCACAGAGGAAGACCUCUUCCACGAGAAGGAGAUCGCACUCCAGCACCUCGCAAAGCAGUAA